AUGGAUCGUAAAGAAGUUACGGCCUUAGUUUUAAUAGACUUAUCCAAAGCAUUUGAUAGCAUAGAUCAUUCAAUUCUACUAGUGAAACUUCAAACCAUUGGUGUGUCUAAAUCAGUGUUGGCAUGGUUUAAAAGCUAUCUAUCGGGACGAAGCCAAAUAGUACGUAUUGGGUCAACAUUGUCGGAAACAUGUAUUAUAACUCGAGGGGUACCUCAAGGAUCUAUUCUUGGGCCGGCAUUGUUUAACAUAUAUAUUAAUGACCUGCCCAAUGUUCCAAAAGAGUCCUCUUUGGAAUCUUAUGUGGAUGAUUCGAAAAUCUAUCUGGCAUUUCCAAUUCAGGAUAUUGAAACUGCUGCAUUUAAACUUACACAAGAUAUGGAAAGAAUUACCGCAUGGUGCUGUAUAAAUAGUCUGCUAGUGAAUCCAAAGAAAACGAAACUUCUAUUACUGAGUACAAGUCAAAUGCUGAAAAAACUCUCUGGCACAGAUUUCCAUAUAACUGUUCUUG